AUGGCGCAGCGUCGCAGCGCACUGGCGUUGCUGCUCAUGCAGUGCGCCGCGCUGCGCGUGACGCGCUUGAAACUUGUGCGCCGCCUGCCCGCGGGCGCCUGCGCCGUCGCCGCGCCGGCGGCCUUUGCCGACGACCUGAUGGACGUCUGCCCGAAUUGCCCGCAGGCCGUGAACCCGCUGCCGCUCGCGUCCAUCCUCGGCCGCUGGUCGCUGUCGGCGUCGUGGACCGACGCGACGGGCGCGCCGCGCACGCUCGUCGGCGAGACGCAGUUCCGGAGCGUCGGCAAGGCCAACAGCGGCAAGACGUCGUUCGUCCGCGACGAGCCGGGCGACGACCGCGUCGCGGGCGGCGCGUGGUACGAGGUGCCGGCGAAGCUCUACAAGGGCCAGUUCAGCUGGAGCGCGCGCUGGAAGCUGAAGACCGCGGGCGAGACGCUGCUCUUCCGCGGCGACACGUCGACGGGCGACCCGCGCGACUUCCUCGAGAAUCGGCGGCCGCCGACCAUGGCGGGCGACGUCUUCGUGGAGACCUACGGGCCCCUGGAGGGCAUGACGUCGCAGCGACGCGUCGGCAGCUUCAGCGCCGUGCUCCGCGAGUCGUGUUCGGGCAGCGGCGGCGACGCGGCGAAGAUCGGCGGCGCCGACACGAGGGCGCUGCGAUAG